AUCAAUGACCGUUUCUUUCAGUUCACAUUCAGCUGUCCCAAGAAAUUUUCAAUCCGAAGAAAAGGCUAUUCCAGUUGUAAAAUUGUUCCUCGAGUCGAUCAAACAUGUGGAACAUGUCAGCGAUUAAGUUCUUUUUGGCAGUGAUAUCGUUGACGACGGUCAUUGCUGUAGAACUGCCAAAGAAUUGGGAGGUAUGCAGCAGGUCACUGCCGGAAGAGGAGUUUAGCAAGUGCUUAGACAAGGCUGCUAGAGAUGCUGUGGUUUCCUUGGCUGGAGGCUUAAAAAGUUUCAAGAUCUUCCCGGUCGAACCACUGUUGGUGGACAACGUGAAGAUCGGAGGAUCGCAAGGAUCGGUUAGCCUGAAGCAGGAAUAUAAGAACAUCAAGUUAUAUGGUCUUACGAAAGACCUUGAGAUCCACAAUCACCACUUAGAGCUGGAUAACGGAUGCCUAUUAACAUCGGACUCCUUCAAUCCUCAAGUGGACUUUGUCGCUGAUUACAAGCUCGAUGGAAAAGUGUUACUGUUGCCUGUCAGAGGAUCUGGAAAAUCGAACAUCACCAUGUACGGCUUGAAAUCGCAUAACGAAUUGGCCUGCGAGAAAUACAAGAAGAACGGAGAGACUUAUUUGAAAAUCAAGAAAUAUUCGGUGACAUUCCGUCCUGACAAAGUCAAGUUGAAUUUCGACAACCUGUUCAAUGGUGACAAGGUUAUAGGAACACAGCUGAACACUUUCAUGAAUGAAAACGCCGACUUGCUGUUCAAAGAGCUCCAAGGCCCCUAUGAGGAAACUUUCAGUCAAGUUUUCACCAAACUCAGCAACGAAGUGUUUAGUCGCGUGCCAAUGAAUAAAAUUUUCCCUCCAAAAUAAAUUCCUGUGAAUUUUCAUCAUUCUGCUUACCACGCGAGGAUAACUUAGCACAUUUCCGGUUGAAAUGCAAAAAGAAGAACGUGCCAAAAAUUUGUAUAUAUAUCGUACAUGUAAAGAAAUGUUUAGCAAUAUAAUUCUUUUUCUUUUUUUUUUAAUAAAGGAAAAUCUUUGUC